CUCUUUUAUUCAAUUUGAGUGUCCGGUUGUGCACACUACUCACUGGGAAGAGGACAGAAAAGGAGAUUGAAAUCAACAAGGAGACAAAGUAGAAGAUGGCAGGGGUAUGGAGGUGUACGCUAACCGUGGCAGUGUUGAUGUUUGUGUGCCUCUGGGGGGCUACCGAGGCCGUCGGCGGUGCAAAGAGUCGGCCCAGACCUAAAAGAAAACCUCGCAAGAAGCCAAAGGUCGACCCCAUUGAUGUGACGCCACCUCAGCAGAAUAUAGACAUACAACAGAUGACGGGGACAUGGUACUUGCUCAACAUUGCCUCCAAAUGCUCCUUUUUAAUCAAUCAUGGAACCAAAGUGGAACCUACAGUCAUGACUCUCACAUUAUCCACCACCUCAGACCAAACACUGUCAGUUAGCACCAAGACACGUCACAAUCACCAGUGCUGGGAAAUAUUGCAGAUUUACCAUUUAACCCCGACCCCAGGGCGGUUGACCCUUAAAGGAACUCGACCCGAGCUGAACAUUGAUAUUGUGAUCGGGGAAACAGACUAUAGCUCUUAUGCCAUCAUGUACUAUCAGAAACAAGGCAAGAUCACCAUGAAACUCUACGUCAGGUCAGUUGACAAUCUAUCAGAACCAUUGUUGACCAAGUUUGAGCAACAUGCCGAAAAACAAGCUUUGGGACUGGCAUUCCUCUUCCCCUUCCCGACUUACAGUCACUGUGGCGAUGUGGACCAGGAUCACAAAAUUGACUGCGUCCCCACAUGCUGAACCAUUUGGAGUCGUGAUUAGUCGUUGUUGGCAUCUCUGAACUUACAAUCAAUACGUGUACCAACUAAAAUUAAAUAUGAGUAAAAACACAAACAUCAGAUUUGAG